CCUUUAGUCCCUCCUCUACUUUCAUCCUAUGAGGAGUAAUGUUUAGCUAUAAAACACAAAACGUGCAUUUAAAAAACAACAGAUUCCCCAUUCACUUAGAUACAGAAACUUGUAUGCUGAAGAUACCAAGAGCUGGUUAAGAAAACAGGAUGACAGAGAAAAAGAAAGAGCAAGUGAAGUGCGUGUGUCACACGCUCGGUAGCCUGAAGGCGAUUUCUUUCCACUCAGAUGUGAAGGGUCGUCUGAUAACACUGAGUGACAGUGGUCGUCGGGUGACCAGGGACGUGUCGUCAUUCUGCCACGGACUGACGUUCAGCGGGCGACAGGUGAAGAUCGAGGAGAAGGUGCGCCUGCGAGUCAAUGACAGUGUGCGAGGUUGGCACGGAUCACUGCGGGUCGGAUUUACUCAUGUUUUGCCCGAGCAGACAACUUUACCCCCUCUGGCCAUCCCAGACUUGACCAACUCUCCACUGUACGCGGCAGCAGUAGUUCCCAUGGGCUUUUGUCGCCCUGGAUCAGAGAUUCAGUUCUGGCUGAAGAAGAAUGGCUGCCUGCGCAUACGAAGUUCUGAUGGCAGAACACACACGGAGCCGACCCGUCUGAAUCCCAAAUGGCCCAUCUGGGCGAUGAUUGACGUCUAUGGACAGACCACGUCAGUGGUGAUGCUUGGUUCCAAAAAGAGAUGUUGCAUCUUCACCAGGAGGUCCUGUGCUGCUCUCACACACACUGAAGAUAAAGAAACGCUAGAAAGAAAGAUGGAGCAAAUGAACAUGCUGGAACAGAGAAACCUGAGAAACCAUUACCUUGACAACACAGAUCAUGAAACUCCAGACUGUGAGGAAUGUGUAGUGUGUUACAGUAAUGUGGCAAACAGUCGUUUGAGCUGUGGCCAUAAAUGUGUUUGUACUCCGUGCGGCAUGAGGGUUUACAUGACGUUUGGGACCUGCCCUCUGUGUCGUCAGCCCUUGAGUUCCUUCCAUCCAUAUGACUAGUGUUCAUCCCAUUUAGACUAGUGGCCAUUUGGCCUGUUUGCUGAAUGUAUUUUGUCCAAUUCAUUUCAGAAUUGCUGUUGUGAUGUACAAAUCUAUCACUGCACUGUGCAAAUGUUUUAAAAAAUGUUUCUCUCUAGUUGCACUAUUUCUUUUUUGUAAAUUAUUUUACAUUUUUAUUACAUAUUUAUGAAAAUACCAGAUUAUGUUCUGAAUCUAUAAUGAAAAUAUGUAUGUAAUAUGAUGUGUAUAUAUAUAUAUAUAUAUGUAAUGUAAAUAUGUAUGUAUGUAAUAUGAACAAAGUUUUUAAUUUUGUAUUAAAUGGAUUUUAUGUAAACA